GGGAAAAGAAAGAUGUGGGCAGCAUGCAUUCAGUUAUCGUUCAGAAAAUGAAUAAGUUCACAAAAUUGGGUACAGGACACUCAACCUGAAAUUGUGGGGCAUUUAGUUUGCUGUAGAAUACUGAAAUACUUUGCUCGGCUGUAUUACAAAUUAUCUGUGUCGAAUGUCGAGAUUGCCCUGGGAACUCCAAUACAUAGGAGCCCACACUGGCCAAAUGGACAGCCACCGGCCACCACAGCAGUUCUCUUUCUCUUCUCUUCUCUUCUCUUCUCUUCUCUUCUCUUCUCAUAGCCUGUACGAGGAAGAAGAUGGUGGCGAAGAAGAGAGCGGCGGUGAUCGCCGCCCUGUCCGUGCUCCUGCUCCUCAUGCUGCCAAGGCCAUCCCAUCAGCAGUUCUUCAGUCACUCCUGCGACUGCUACCGAGAGUGCUACUUAGGGUGCAAGAAUGCCUUCCCGAUGCUCUGCAAGACUGUGUGCGGCGGCAGCUGCAAUGACAACAAGGACCCUGUGGCCACCUGCAUGGCCGCUUGUUGCACGGAGUCCAUCUGCGGCCUACCGCCGGCGCCGUCCGCUGGUGCUCCGGAUUGUAUCCAUGCAUGCACCAAGAUGUGGGGUGGCCAUGGUCCCGCCAAGGAACAUUGAGGAUCGAAGAUCCAAUCGAUCAUGGGAUCAUAUGCUGUCGAACGGCUGCUCUAAUGCAAUAAAAUGUAUUUCGCUUCCGUGCAUAGCUUGUGAGGAAGUUUGUGAAUCUUAUAAUAAAGCCGGGUUAUCGAUAUAUUUGCCAAA